AUGAAGCAGUUUCCUGUUUUACAGAAACCAAUAUUUAAAUCUUGGGUCUAUAUAUAUAUUUUUUUUUUAACAGAAGGUUUCGAAAUACCAUGCUUAGGCACUUCAUCUGAAUGUUUAAAGCAAACACUUCAAGUAAUUUUACCCGAAUUUAUACAUGGAAUUCCUGAAUUAAAUAUCACGUCGUUAGAUCCUUUUGAAGUAGACAGCUUAGUUUUAAAACUCUCUGGAGACAUUGUGAUCGAGUUCAAGGAAGCCUACACAAAAGGUCUUCAGAAAUGCAUAGUCGAUUAUGUAAGACAAAUAGAAGAAGAAAAAUUCGAUGUUCAAUUUGAAUGCAACCUGAUAAGUAGAGGAAAAUACCGUUCUUCAGGGAGUCUCUUCACAUUCCCUAUUAAUGGAGAAGGGGAGUCCACAAUCAAAACUAGAAGUUUGAAGAUACGCUCCGUCUUACACUUGUUAUCUGUGACAAAAGCAGAUGGUAAAAACUACGUGCAAAUGAAAAACAUAAAAACGACAUACACUUUUGGAGGUCGCGUUUUUUACAACAUGACAAACCUUAUCAAAGGAAACCCUGAAAUGAGUAGAACAAUUUUGGAUUUCAUGAAUCAAAAUUGGCAAAUAGUAGCAGAAGAGUUUGGCAGCCCAAUAAUCGAAUAUUGUAUCAAUUCUAUAAUGAAUAACCUAACAAAGUUAUUCAAUGCGGUUCCACUAUGUAACCUUCUUGUAACGUGAGCCUUAAAUAUAGUAUUAACCAUGUUGAAAUAUAAAUAAAAU